AUGUUGUUGAUCAAGCGUGCCGUUUCAGAGCAAGAGGUGAACUUCUAUAACGUGUAUUGGGGCUCCAGCGCUACGGAGAUCCUGAACUUAACCUCCCGCAGUGUGAGCAGCUUGAGUGACACCCGUCCAACGUGUAGUGGUCCAAGCUGCAGCUCAAUUCAGAUCACUGAAGGAAGCGGCGAAUGGACCGUAUCACGCUCGUCCUACAGCGACAAUGAGGAGGCGUCCAUCACCCUGCUCGGGCCGGCCGAGAUUCGCUUUACGUACCUGCACACAGAGCGAUGCUGUGACAAGCUCCAGCUCCUGGACACAUUUUAUUCUGGAUUCACCACCCCGGCCAACACCAUCACCUUGUCCGAAGGGGUGCAUGUAGCCACAUGGAGUUCGGAUUUCAGUGUUACCCACAGAGGCUGGAGCUUCACCUACGUCUACCAAGGAGUGAGCUCAGGUCGUCCUGGCCUCAUUGCUAGCCUACCCAAGCCAGAAGGCCAGCAAGACCUUGCCUUGCCAAUUGCUCCACAGCCGCUGGUGGGGACACACUUCAUCGUCAAGUUGGCCUAUGACCUCAUCGAGAGUGAUGCUUCCAUUGCCUUGGCGAUCCAAGACGUAGCCCCCAACCAGCUUGCCAUUGACACCUUUACCUUCACCGACACAGACCUGGGCACCGGGGUCAUUGGCGGACAAAUCAGUAUCUCGACGGCCGCCUCCGUGUCAGGUUUCCGGGUCUACUGGGGACAGAACAGCACACACCCCGUGCCCGGUGGCUUCCCGGGGCUCCAGGCGGAGUACUGGUAUCUGCAAGUGGAGAACCAAGUGUGGCAUCCACAGACCAGCUUCGCUUUCCCGGGCGUGGCGGUUGAGGAUCAGUUUGCUGCAAGGUGGACUGGCUACAUCAGCAUUGCCACAGGCGGCAAUUACAUCUUCACACUGAACUCUGAUGAGGGGAGCCGGUUCCUAGGUAUUUUGAAAUCACUGAGUUGGUAA